AGGGCUAAAUGAGCAUAACCCACUUGGAACACUAUCAGGCACAUACUGCUUGCUAGGUGUUCAGUAUUCAUUUUUAUUGAGUUAGGACUGUGGUAACCCACUUUACGGCUCUUGAUUUUGUAUAACAAAGUCAUGCUUAGUGCUUUGUUAGUAAAAGAGAGAAAAUCUGAAAGUCCCUGCCAUCAAAGGAAGAAAUGGGAGAAAAGGAAGUUGGUAAGUUUCAGCCCUUUAGAGCUUGUGGGACAAGUUAGGUUUCUAUUUUAUGGAGAAGGAGGUGGAGGCAGGAUGGGUUCCAAGGUGUCAUUCAAGACACACAGCCGUUGUAACUCUUCAGUGAGAGUAGAGCUAGGGCCCCAGGGAUUGCUGUGGUCAAGUUGCAGACGAAAACCACCACUCAUUGGAAGACAGGAGAGCAAUGUUUCAGGUGUAUCUACAUUGAGUCAGCAAAUAAAAGUUCAGCUUGGUUGCUAAUGGGACCCACUCUGCUAACUGCCACUUUGUAUAGAACUCCUAGAGGAAGAUGGCUUCCAGUAAUGAACCGCCCUGUUUUUAGGACUAAAAAGCUCAGGAAGCUGGUGGGGGAUGAGUGAAAACCUUAGUUCCACUGGCACUGAAGGAGGGGCCAGGAGAGCAGUGGCAUCAUAAGGCACAGGGUGGGGCAGCCCGGGCAGUGGGGGAGGGGUGGCAGCCAGGAUGGGGCAUUGUGAGGUGUGGGGCGGGGCAUUGUGAGUCACGUGCCUGGGCUUCCACCUGGGCCAGUGGGCUUCAGUCUGUAGUGACUGCAGAAGGAGGAGCAGCUCCUUUUGUGCUCUCUUCAGGUAGUAGUUGUAUCUCUCAGCGCUUGUUGGGUUCCCAACCUAUUAACCAGUUGUUUUUGACCCUCCCAGACAAGUCAACUCAGGAGAGGCGGCAGGGUGCGGGCCUUGGCCCGAGCCCCGGCUGGGGCCGGGCUGUGGAUUGGCCAGGUGAGCCGCCGGCAAGACCAUCUCUGAAAGUGCGGCAUAGCCUCGGCCUAGGGCAGCAGGAGUGCCUGGCCAACACUGUGAGCGGAGGCACAGGUGGCAGCAGACAGGAGUAGAGGCGCCCCAUGGGGAACAUACUGAGCUGCUGUGUGUGCCCCAAGGUCUGCCAAGAGUCAGACCAGGAUGAGGGGUCAGGGUGUCCUCCUGAGUCUAAAAUCUGUGAGGCAGCAGCUGAGAACACCGCAGCAGCUGAGGACACCACAGCAGCUGAGGACACCACAGCAGCUGAGGACACCACAGCAGCUGAGGACACGGCAGCUGAGGACACCACAGCAGCUGAGGACACCACAGCAGCUGAGGACCCGACAGCAGCUGAGGACACCACAGCAGCUGAGGACACCACAGCAGCAGCGCCCACGGCUGCUGCCAUAGAAACUGCCGAGUUGACUGUUGAAGCUGGUGAGGACCGUCCUGUGCAUGACAUCUGUGAUGGGGAGAUGCCUGAAGCACAAGAAAGAGGAGAAAACAGCCGUACAAUCCUUGUAAGUAAAUAG